AUGAUGCUUUAAAUUUCAAUCUUGAUCAUUUUGGUGUAUGCCAGCUCAAUAAAAGGAAUCGACCAAUGUUAUGGUGAAUCAGUCACCGGUCUUUACCUAGCUACAAAUGAGAAAAAAGAUGAUGUAUGCUUUGCAUGGUUCAAUUUUAUAAAUGGUUCCCAUUUAAAUGAAACAGAGGAUAAAAUGAUUGCUUAAUUUAUCAAAGAAAAAAUAGGGGAUCCUAAUAAUAAAGAGGUUGAAAGAGCCAGAUAAUGGCUCAGGUGGUAGAAUGAUGAUGAUAUAGUAUAUUUGGUUUCUAGUUAUUAAAAAGCAUGCAUUGGAGUGGUACCGGGACUCACGGCUAAAACUUUCUGGAAUGAUGAAAACUGGGCUUGGGUUAAAGAGUUUGAAUCAAACUAUGAAAUAAUAAAGAAAGAACUAAUGGUAAUGGUUAACGAGAAUAGAUUUAUUCCCAAUAGAAUUGGAGAUUAAGAUGAAAAAUAUAAUACAGCUAAUGAUGGUCUUGGCAAGAACUUUCAUGAUGUUGGGAAAUGGAAUAUCUUUUACAUUAUGUACCCAGGAGGAUUAUUUGAUGAAAAUUAAUAAAAGGUACCAGAGACUACUAAAAUUUUGUAAAAAGUACUGCCUGAUUAGCAAGGGCAUGCUUUGUUUAGUGCAAUGUCACCUAAUUCUUAUAUUAGACCUCACAAUGGUUAGGAUACAAAGAGACUCAGAGUUAUGUUCCCGAUUAUUGGAGCUGAUGGUGGAGCUAAAAUGAGAGUUGGAGAAGAUUGGGUUUACUUUUAAAAUGGCAAGAUCUCAAUAUUCGAUGAUUCAUUUGAGCAUGAAGUUUGGCAUGAUGGACCUAACACUAGAAUUCUUCUCAUCGCAGAUAUUUGGCAUCCUGAUCUAUCUAAAGACGAGUAAUGGUUUUUCACUACUAUAGAGAAUGCAGAGUAGAAAUUUAUACUUGAAUAGCUUAGGAAAAAAGAAGAUACCAAGCUUUCAUCUAGCACGCAAGUUCUUGAAGCAGUUAAAAAUCUUCCACCCGAUGAGGGUUGGUGGGUUUAAAAUAAUCAAUCCAGCCAGUUUUGCGACGAAAAUUUAAAGGAAACGCCUUAAUGUAAGAAAGAACUUUGA